UGUUUAUUAAUUUUUUUUUAUCAAAUUUGGAAUUUUUUUUUCAAAAAAAAAAAUAAAAACAAACAAGAAGGCCUAGUAUGACAGUUAUGCUCCCAUAUCUCGCCUAAUCAGCGCCCCACAGUCCAUGCUUACCCUCUCUCGCCGAUAAUCGGUAACGGUCACUUUUCCGGUCUAUUUCUAUUCUGUAUAAAGAGUUCAUUAGGACGUUGCUUCUUCUCCUUGCAAAAUCUAUUUGAUCCCUUACUGCUCUAUCUCUCCCUCUGUGCAACUCCCUCUAUUUUCUUUUUCUUUUUCUUUUUUUUUUUAAAUUAUACUUAAGGAGGGUUUAUGGUGAUAAAGAGGCAUAAGGUGAAUGUUAGGGUUUUGGGAUAGUUGCCUUCAAGAAUGAUAUGUUAAGUGAUUUUGAAUUUUGAUUUCAAUAAUGGUGGCUGCGGUUUCCACUACAAUAAACCCCAAAGCGACACCGGCUGCGGCAGCAGCCACGCACAACCACAAUCUGAUGAGGCCUCCUCUGUUACCAUCGGACCCUGACAAUGCUCUUGCUCCUCGUCGCCCCAAAUCCCGCGAAGUUACUUCUCGAUACAUGUCUUCUUCUUCUUCCACUGCGAAGCGGUCCUCGUCGCCGUCGAUUUCGCGGCCCACGGGUAUGAUGACCCCGAUGCCCUCUGCCCAUUCCACAAUCAAAAGGUCGCACUCUGUCGAGCGGAGGAGGCCUACCACACCGCGCUUUUUAGAUUUGAGGAUUGGAAAUGGUAUCGGAGCGGAGGUGUCGAAUGCGCAGAAGAUGUUGAUUACUUCUACGAGAAGUUUGUCAGUCUCGUUUCAGGGGGAGUCGUUCUCGCUUCAAGUGAGUAAAGCAAAACCGGCUCCGUCGCCGAUUAGCUCAAGGAAAGGUACGCCAGAGAGGAGAAAAGCUACUCCAACGCCCGCGAGAGGAGCGGAUCAGGUAGAGAAUUCGAGGCCACUGGAGCAGCAGAGGUGGCCAGGGAGAUUGCGGCAACCGAAUUCCCUGACUAGGAGUGUGGAUUGCACUGAUGAUAGGAAGAGAUUAACUGGAUCUGGAAUUAAUACAAAUGUUGUCAGGGCAUUGCAGAUUUCCAUGGUGGAUAAUAGGUCCUCAGUUGAGAGCAGAUUGAACUCUGAUUCCAGCAAUAUCGAUUCAGAGAAGCCCAUUGACGGAAACGGACCAGAUGGACAGAGUGAUCCUCCUGUAGCUUCUGAUACUGAGAGUGUGUCAUCCGGUAGUACUUCUGAGGGUAUUAGUAAUAUUGGUGGUGGUCGACAACCACAACGUGGACAGCGUGGGAUAAUGGUGCCUGCAAGGUUCUGGCAAGAGACUAACAAUAAACUCCGGCGCCAGCCAGAGCCUGCCUCCCCAGUCUCCAGGACUGUCGGACUAAAAGGGUCUGCACCGACUAAAUUUAUCACACCCAAGAGGCGUAUUGAUAGCCCAGUAACUUCACCAAAAGGCGUUGUAAAUAGUAGGGGACAGUUGUCUCCUAUUCGAGGUGGAGCAUUACGGCCUGCUUCCCCCAGUAAACUUGGUCCUCUGUCACCAGUGAGGGGAGUGAGCCCUUCAAGGAUGAGGAAUGCUGCGGGAGCUUUGGUCAGUAGCAAUUUAAGCAAUGUGAAUGACACGCCUUCAAUUUUGAGCUUUGCGGCUGAUAUUCGGAGAAGCAAGUGUGGAGAGCAUCGGAUUGUUGAGGUGCAUCUGUUGAGGAUUUUAUAUAAUCGGUUGUUGCAAUGGCGUUUUGUGAAUGCCAGAGCUGAUACUGCCUUGUCAGCCCAGAGGUUGAAUGCGGAGAGAAACCUGUACAAUGCACGUGUAACAAGCUCAAAACUACUCGAAUCUGUCAAGGAAAAAAGAAGAGAGUUACAGUGGUUAAGGCAAAAUUUGAAGCUAAUCUCCAUUCUCAAGGGGCAGAUGAUAUAUUUAGAAGAAUUGGCACUUACGGACCAGGAUUUUUCCCUGUCUUUAUCUGGGGCUAUUGAAGCUUUGCGGGCUAGCACACUUCGCCUACCUGUUGUUGGUGGGGCAAGGGCAGAUGUCCAGAAUGUGAAGGAUGCUAUCUGCUCAGCAGUUGAUGUUAUGCAGGCAAUGGCAUCGUCAAUAUGCUUACUGUUAUCGAAGGUUGGGGAAGUAAACAGUCUAGUGGUUGAACUUGCUAAUGUUGCUGUGAAAGAGCGUGCUUUGCUUGAUCAAUGCAAGGAUCUCUUGUCAGUCAUUGCAGCCAUGCAGGUGAAGGAAUGUAGCCUGAGAACACAUUUUAUACAAGUAAAACGUGUACCCUCCAGCCUAACAACGAAAGUGUAAAGCUUAUGUUACUUGACAACCUACCCUACACGCUAACAGACUGGGUCGUUUUCCCUCGGAUUGAAGGAGCCAAAAAUAAGAUGAGUAUCAAUUAAAAUGGUCAGUUGCUUAGAAGCAGAAGAUAGCACACUUGCCAAGGCUAUAUUAUAUUUGCAUAGACGGCAUGGAGCUGUCAUUCACAAUAUUCAGAUUAGAUUGUAUAAAGGUACUUUCUCUAUAGGGCAGAGAAAAAAUAUAUGUAAAUAUGUUGUUAUUCAGUAGUUGUUGAUGAAGUUUGAUAUCACUGGCCUAAUGUUACGUUUGUGUGUAUUUACGAGUUCUGCACUGCUAUCGUCUGAAACAAAUUUGUGACACAUUAAUUUCUGUAUAUAUCAAGCCAUUGCUUGUCAACA